AUGGCGAACAAUGUAUUUGAUGGCCGCGAACUGGCAGUUGAAAGCCUUCGAAUAUCUCCGUUAAACUCUGAAUCAAAGGUGCCAACAACCAAAAUAUUAAAGAUUGUGUCUAUUGGAAAUUAUCUAGCAUUGUUGGCUGCUUGUAACAGAAAAUGCCAUCACCGAUAACAAUUUCGCAAGUUGGCCGGCCGUCUAACAUUGAUGACGUUCUAGUUCACGGUGCAACACAAGAAGAACACGACCGAAGAUUGGUCCAACGACUCGGUAACGCCAACGUCACGCUAAAUGCCGAAAAGUGUGUUUUUAAUGUCUCGAGUGUGAAAUUCCUAGGUCAGAUCGUGGGAGUCGAUGGCAUCAAACCCGAUCCAGAGAAAAUACAAGCGAUUCUCGAAAUGCCACACCCAACCAACCUACAUGAAGUCCGCUCCUUUCUUGGAAUGGUAAACCAAUGGACCUUUCCCCUUAUAACUAAAAUUUUGAUCUAGACAAAAAAUUCAUCAUAGCUUGAAAGAACAUCACAAAAUUAGUAAUAUUCCAAAGUUUCGUUGCGAAAUGUUGUAAAAUGCGGAUAAUAUAGCCUUGCGAAGUUUGGCGUUUUUCAGUAAUUUUGUAUUACGCAUGGGAAAUUGACAUCCCAAUCGGGUGUUGGGGCAUCAAUUUCCCGUUUGUAAUACAAACUGACUGAAAAUCGCAAAUUUCGCAGGGCUAUAUUAUCCGCAUUUUACAACAUUUCGCAACGAAACUUCGGAAUAUUACUAAUCUUGUGAUGCUCUUUCAAGCUGUGUUGAACUUUUGUCCACACUUGCCUAGAUCAAAAUUUUAGUUAUAAGGGGAAAGGUCCAUAUAGCCAAUUUUCCACCAAUCUUGCUGACCUGACAAAGCCCAUCCGAGAACUGCUAGUUAAGAACACUGCGUGGACAUGGGGACCAACACAACAAGACUCUUUUGACAAAAUCAAGAAAGCCCUGACAUCAGCACCAAUACUAACCUUGUACGACCCCAACAAAGCAACCAAAAUAGCAGCCGACGCAUCAUCAUACGGUCUUGGAGCGGUGGUGCUGCAAGAAGAUGAACCAGACACCUGGAAACCUGUAUCAUUCAUUUCAAGAUCGAUGACAACAACCGAGGCUAGGUAUGCCCAGAUAGAGAAAGAAGCUCUAGCGGUAACUUGGGCAUGUGAACGGUCAAGCAAUUACAUAAUUGGAAAAACAAUAACAAUUGAAACUGACCACAAACCACUGGUACCUUUAUUAACCAACCAUACCAUCGACAAGUUACCUCCAAGACUACAACGCUACAAGAUGAGACUAAUGAGAUUCCACAUCAAAGAUGUUCGACACGUACCUGGAAAACUACACUACACAGCCGACACUCGGUCCAGGAAGAUACCUGAAAGCACAGUCCAACCAACCGUAGAAGAAAACGAAAUGAACGCUUACGUUUUAAGUGUAAUUGAUGCCUUGCCCGCAUCUAAUCCGAGAUUGAAGGAAAUCCAACAAGCCCAAGAUGAAGACGAGGUAUGCAAAGAAGUAAAGUAAUACUGUAUGGAUCAAUGGCCAGAAAAAGAUCAUGUCACUCCUGCCGUAAAACCUUACUGGUCAGUACAAGGAGAGCUCACCAUCGCCGACGGGUUAUUGCUCAAAGGAACAAGACUGGUCAUUCCAUCCCGCUUGCAACGCCAAACCCUCAACCAAAUACACGAAGGUCACCAAGGUAUCAGCAAAUGCAGAGAACGAGCCAAAAUAUCCGUUUGGCGGCCAGGACUCAGUGCCCAAAUUAAAGUCAUGGUCGAAAACUGUACAACAUGCAGCAAAUUCAGACAGCAGUAGAACCAUUGAUGCCAACGCCACUCCCUCAAAGACCAUGGCAAUUGAUUGCAACAGACCUUUCUAUUCUAGAAAAGGUUACUUACCUACAGGUG